AUGCAAACUCUGCAUAGCAGCCAAUCUGUUAGACCUUUUAAACUGAGAAAGAGUUUUGCAACUAGACUGGAAGAAGUAGCUGGAAUUCGGGCAAAGUUCCCAACAAAAAUCCCGGUAAUUGUUGAACGGUAUCAGAAAGAAAAAUAUCUUCCUCUACUGGACAAAACAAAAUUUCUUGUUCCUCAGGAGCUGACCAUGACACAGUUUAUAACCAUCAUUAGAAGCAGAAUGGCUCUAACUGCUACACAAGCUUUCUACCUGCUGGUGAACAACAAGAGUCUGGCCAGUAUGUCUCUGACAUUGGCUGAAGUGUACAGGGACUACAAAGAUGAAGAUGGCUUUGUAUAUAUGACAUAUGCUUCCCAGGAGAUGUUUGGAUGUCUCUUGCCCACUGCCCAAGGGAAACUUACGAAAUGCCUUCUAAAAACAUAA